AUGGACACUGUCGGUAGGGCAUGUAUUAUACAGAUAUACCAAGAUAUCAAGCAUGUGAUAUUGAACUACUACUGCCUUUCUGACUUCGAACAGGUCGGCAAGACAGAGUGCAAGAUUUUCAGACCUGGACGGAUUCUGCACAACCCUUGCUCAGAAAACGUUCGGAAUCUUGGGGGCAUGCACAGAAUCCAUGUAAAACUGAAAGGAACCCAAGCCAGAGGUCAAGCACCCUAUGACGGAUGCAGACUCAUGCCAGAACCUUCCCGCAUGUUGAGAACACUGGGUAUUAUGUACACGCAGAUGAUUGUGGCAAGACAUUGUGAAGAACUUAAUAAGUGGCGAGACGAUGGACGUUGUGGUCCAGGAUUUCCAGCACCAAAUGGGCUUCCUGCUGCUGAAUGCGACCCUAAAAGCCUUCGUUACUGUUGUUCCCCAAAUAAGUGGUGUGGUAUCACGGCCGAACACUGCGAUUGUUCUGGGUGUACGCAUUACACAGCUCCAGUUCCGGAAUUAACCAUUAGUUUCCCUGGAGACGUUCAUUAUUUAGUAAGCUCUUUGCGGCCACUCUCCAUCGAGACUGUUUGUAAGUCCUGUAAUCUUGACGAAGUGGUUAAGUUUACAUGGAAACUACAGCAGAAAUCCAUUAUUUCGAACGCGUUUGAAGAUGUGUUGGGCUAUGAAACUGAGUCGUCGGCUACAGCCAAUAGAGGUACUACGCUGUUGGACAAAUUCCAAAUAAGCUGUUAUGAGUGGCAAGACGAAGGUCCCAGCGUUCUAUACCCCAGUACUCCCUCAACAGACACAAAUGGCAACACGAAUGGACUCAAAUAUCAAAUCAAAAUAAGUUAUCAUAAUUCUAGUACAGAUAGCGAGUUGAUAUCGAUGAGCAAUGAAUCAACAUCCACACCCAUGAUAUUUCCGAGUGGUGAUGUCGUUAACAACUACACAGUGGAUAUAUUUAUCAAGAUAAUCGACGAAUUAGGAUCAUCAGCUCUGAUAAACACCUCGGUUCAGGUGAUGGAAAUAAGUAAUGAGGCAGACAUGGAAGCUGCUGUUGACCAGAUACUUACUGGAGAGAUGUUGAACAUAAUAGCCAACACGGAAGAUGACAGCCUGGUAUUGGCGUCAGUAGAUGCAGUAGUUAAUUUAUUACAGACAUGGACCUCGGAGAUACAAGAUGCAAGUGGCACAGUGGAAGCUGAUCAACCAACCAAUAGUAAGAGUUCUAAAAAAAUGCAAGGGGUAAUAAUGAUUGAAUUAGUGAGUGAGUUACUGUCAAGUACUCUUAAAGAGGGCAAUAUUACUGAUUUUGUAAUGGUUAAGAGUGUCACUGAAGGUCUACUGAAGACAUCAUCAAAUAUUUUAGAGAGGUCACAUUCUAAUCAGGAUAUUGAGAUUAAGGAACAGGAUGAAAUGAUGAUGAAUAAACUAAUUGAUGCAGUCGAUACGUGCUUAGACAUUGCGCUAGAGAUGGCGCCAGCGAACGGUGAAUCGGUGUCAUUCAAGACGAGCAUGUUUGAAGCUGAAGUUAGCAAACAGAAUUCAAGUGCACUAUUCGGUAAACAGUUCAACUCCAGUUACGGUGGGUUCACACUGCCGAGUGUUGCACGGGAAUCGAGGAAUACAACGCAAUUCAUAUCAAAAAUAAAGUUUGUCGCAUUGGCUAUAAAUCCGUACGUUUUGAAAUCGCCGGCCAUUUUUCAAAACUCACCGAUUGUGAGCCUUGACAUCAUGGAUGAAAACGGUAACAAUGUUUAUAUAGACGGAGAUUACGUCAUCGAUAUCACACUACCAGACAAUAAUGCUGAAGACAGCAGCUUACACGCAUUGAUGUAUGGCAAUGACACAAGUGCGUUUGAGUUGAAUGCGACAACUGCAGACUCUGCACUAGUUUUAACUAUACAAGUCGAUGCACCAGUGGCAUACGAUAUAUAUUUGCAAGCUGGCAUGAUGCCAAAUGAAUCUCAAUAUGACGUGAAAUGGACAUUAUCAGACAACUGUUCGAAUAUAUUAUAUUAUCGUGUUGUGGAGAGGGAUACAUAUCAUCUGUUGGUGAAAAGCUAUACACAGAAUACUUCUGUUUACAUGGUGACUCUUACAUCGACAUUUCUGGUGUGUCGUUACUGGAACACUACUAUUCAAGAAUGGAAAUCUGACGGUUGUUCGCCCGUCCAAUCAGAAAUGAACACUAUUACCUGCGUCUGUAACCAUUUGACAUCGUUUACAGCCGGCGAGUUUGUAGUUCCAGUCAAUAAAAUCGAUUUCUCGAGCGUAUUCAACAAAGAUAUCGCCGACAAUGCCGUGGUACUCGCUACCGUUCUUGUCUUCUUUGCAAUCUAUGCUAUCUUGGCUUUAUGGUUGAGACGAAAGGACAAAAACGAUUGGAAUAUGUGGUAUACUCUGCCCCUGGCCGGGAAUCAAACAAAUGACAAGUACUACUACCGUGUAACUGUGUAUACCGGGUUUCGACUUGGUGCUGGUACAUUGUCUGAUAUUCAGUUUAAUAUCAGUGGAGAAACUAAGGAAUCCGGUAUACGCCAUCUGAUGGAUAAACACAACAAAAUGGCCUUCACAACUGGCAGUGUACAUAGUUUUCUCUUGGCAGUUCCUUGCCACUUGGGUCCUCUGUGUUACAUUCAUAUAUGGCUGAGUGAGCACUCAAAGGAAAUAUUUGAUUCAUGGUUCUUAGAUCGAAUCGAAGUAUUUGAUACACAGACUGAAGAAAGGUUUAAUUUCGUCUGCUACAAGUGGUUCGCCGUUGAUAGGGAAGACGAAAAAGUUGAAAGAGUACUGCCGGUCAGUGGUGGUACACAAAUGUCAUCUUUCGUACAUAUCUGUUGGAGUAAUUCACGGGAUAAAAUGACUGAUGAUUAUUUGUGGGGUUCCAUGUUUACCCGUCCGGUGCCUAGUAACUUCACAAGAGUUCAGCGAUUGUCCUGCUGUGCAGUAGCAUUUUACUUGGCUAUGAUUGCCAAUGCUAUGUUCUAUGAUACAGCAGACGCUGUGGGCGAUACCAAAUCAAUUUAUAUCGGACCUCUGCGUUUAUCUCUGGGAACACUAUACAUUGGCUUGAUCAGCGCAUUGAUAACAAUGCCACCGUCGAUUAUUAUUAUGCAAUUAUUUCAAAAAUCAAGGCCAUUUAGACGGAAGAACUGUACAAAUGAUGGAGAUAAAGAAAUGCCAAAGAAUGAUCAUCCGUUACCAUGGUUUUGCGUUGGAAUUGCAUGGUUUAUCGUGUUUUGCGCAAUGUUUUUGUCAUCGUUUUUUGUUGUCUUGUAUAGUCUACAAUGGGGUGCGGAAGUUUCCCGCCAAUGGUUGACGUCACAGAUGACGUCGUUUUUCUUAUCUGCAUUGGUCAUCGAUCCUCUCAAGGCUUUAGUCAUGGUCAUCUUUGUAUCAUCCAUGUUUUCAUGGCUGAAGAAACCCUACGCUAAAGUAAUUAACGAAAGAGACCAUGGGACUGAUGUUUUCAGUAAUAAUCACCAAACAGAAGGGAGUUCCAUUCCCAACCAGCCUCCAAAUAAACAGACAAUGAAGCAAGCAAAAACCAUUAAACGGAAGGAUAUCAUUUUAAAGACCAUUUUUAAAGACGCCGUAGUGUACACCUUAUUGAUACUGUUUUCUAUGGAAAUAUCUACCACGUAUAGACCGAAGUCGAGCUAUUAUACAAAUAAAGCCCUGGCAAAUAUCGUGAAGAGUGGUGAUAUAUCCCCAUGUAACGAAAUGUCAUGUUACUACUCUUGGCUCAACCAGACAUUGACCGCAACGUUGCAUUCUGGUUAUUAUUACAACGGACAUAAGAUGGAAGCAGGUAGAAUCGAUCUGCUGACAAAUGUUAUCUCGUACGUAAUUGCUCCAGUCGUCUUACGUCAACUGCGAAUAAAACCAGGUACGUGCACUGUACCGAUUAAAAUGGGCAAUAUAAUAUCCGAGUGUAAUGCUGAAUACUCCGUACUGGCGGAGGAGAAGGGCACAUUCAAUACGAGUUGGACUGAGUAUAAUGUAACCAUCGACAAUAUGACCAUGACGUCAUACGAACCAUGGACACACAGCUCCCUCUACGGUGAACAUAUGGCGCCGUAUUUCUGGAGUAAAAUGGGAAACCCGUAUUCCAGUGAUGGCUAUAUAGCAGUUCUCGGACGCAAUUUAAGUCAAUCCCAAGAUCGCAUCAACGACCUGAUACAAGCUGGUUGGAUAGAUAGUCUCACUAGAGCAGUCUUUGUCGAGUUUGCUGCAUACAAUCCAAAUGUUCGAGUUCUCAGUUUAGUAACAAUUCUGACCGAGUUUUUUGAACAUGGCACAACUACGGACACUUUGCGAAUUGAUACGUUGGCUUUAUUUGACCUCAUGACCAUGGAUUUUGACAUUUUCAUUUCCCUGGUGUGCCACAUAUCGUAUUUCAUUGUGGUGAUGUGGGCGUCGUAUUACUGCUUCCGCCAAAUAUUGAAGUAUGGCCGACGUUACUUUCAUCGUUUCUGGAACCGUUUUCAAUUCACCGUAACUUUGCUGUCCAGUACCAGUAUUGGACUGUAUUUUGUGAGGCUUGAAAUAACAAACUGGGCCUUAGCUGGAUCGAACAAAGGUUUUUAUGGAAAUUUCCGAUACCUUGUAUUGAUAGAUGGCGUUUUCGCAAUUUUCGUCGGUCUUGUAUCGUUCAUGUCUGUCAUUAGCUACACACGUUUACUUGGCUUGCAUAGACGUACACGUAUUUUCCAAGCGACCUUGUCCAUCGCAAAAGACUCAAUCAUUUCAUUUUCAUUAAUUCUCGUCAUCGUUACAUUUGCAUAUAUCCAACUGAUAUAUUUCUACUUCGGGAGAACUACGUUACCUUUUAAAAGUGUCCGCGACACCUUACUCACGCUUUUGUCAGUGCUUGGUGGAUCGCUCAAAGCAAAUGGUGAGGGUAUCCUGUCUGAAAGUACCAAAGCUGGGCAGUUGUUUAUCGCAUCGUACGUGGUGCUUGAAAGCUGGAUACUUCUUAUGUUACUUCAGUCGGUUAUAUGUGAUGCAUGUUCCCAGGCACAGGUGGAAUUAGAUACGCAAUGGAAAGAUCCUGACGUCAUGAAUGUGAUAAUGGAGUGGAUCACCAGUAUGAAGUUGUAUAAACGACUACACGGGCUGUACAAACACUAUAUAUAUAGACAAAGUGGACGCAAGUACCGAAAACAUCACAAUGAGAAGGAGCACAUAAGAAACGAGACAGAAGAUCCGAGUCAAUACCUGAUCCAACUCGAGAACCGCAUACUGUUGUUGGAGAACAAAUUAGAUGAAUUUUUGCAUGAUAUUUUAAACUAA